UGAAGGUUAGGUUUUCUUUUCAGUGUUGUGAUUAUAAUUUAUUUUGUUAAAUAUCUUUACUAAAUGUCUGUAUAAACUUCGGUUAGAAUUUUUAUACUAACGUCUUAUACUUAUCCUUGAAUUUAAAAAACAUAGGCUGUAAGAAUCUAUAAUGAUAUUUAAGAGGUUAAUUCGCACAGAAAUUCAACUGUGUUUACGAGUUUUUAGCAAAGGUUUAAGUACGAAGCCGCAGUGGGAUAUUAUAACAGGGGUAUGCGUUGAAAGGUUACCCGUUAUUACUCCACCAUUAAAUGACUUACAAAAAAGGUAUAAAGAGUUAUUAUGGACCAUAGAAGUUGAGAAAAGCUUAAAGUCAGAUCACGAGAUAAGGCAUGAAAAUGAUAAAAUCCAAGCUGAACUUUUGAAGAGUGAUACUCACGAUGUUGAUUUGGAUGCUGUAAGCAAAAUAACAGCUCAAGAUUUGGAAGAUGCAGCAAAUGAGGAAUUUGCACAAUUUAAAUUUGGAAGUAUUGAAACCGAAGCAGACAAGAAGGGUGACAAAACAACAACUGACAGAUGUCUUCAGAGACAUCUGGUGCUUGUUGCACCAGUUCAAUUGGGUGAUGAUGUUAGAACAAUACUCCCACAAGGCAAAUGGCAAGAAGGAGAGACAUUAAGACAAACAGCUGAAAGGGUAUUAGAGGAACACUGUGGGAAAAAUCUUAAAGUUCAGUUCCUGUCAAAUGCACCAUGCGGCUUCUAUAAAUAUAAAUAUCCAACUAGCUUACAAACAGACAAAAGUAUUGGUGCCAAAGUUUUCUUUUACUAUGCCAAUUAUAAAGGAGGUGCAUUAGAAGGCAAGGAUAAGAAAUUCAACUGGCUAACUAGAAAUGAAUUAAAAGAACUUUUACCAGCAAAGUAUAAUAAGUCUGUGCAAGAUUUUUUGAUUGAAGAAACUUGGUAAUUUAUGUAGGCAAAUAAAUGUAUUAGUUAAU